AUGUCCAGACUCAGAAGAUCAGUACAAAAACUUAAUUCUCUUUCUGAAAACGAAUACCUUGAACCGAAUGAACAAGAUGAUUUGAUUGAACUCUUGAACAAUGUAUCUUAUUCAGAAAAUAGGCAAUUGGUGAAGUGGUUCUUAAUCACUUUCUUGUCAAUAACCCCAAUAUAUGUUGUUUUACCGUUCUUCAAAAAACGCCACCCAAUAUUAAGUCUUUGCUGUAUCCUUACUAUUGGUUUGAACUGUAUCAAUUUAUAUUGGUUUAACGCUUACCGUUUAAAGCUUGAUGAUCUUGUGCUUAAGGAAGAAGGCGAUGCAUUUAUUGAUUUGAGGGACACCACAAAAACCAAAGCCAUGAGACCAAGUGAUUCAUUAAUUGCCAAGACUUUGACUACCAUUCAGGGUUUGAAAAAGAUAAUAUCAAGACAUUUGAUUAUUUUUAACUUUGUUCAUUUGGCAUCCUCAAUUUUGAUCAUUUAUUCUUAUAAGUUUGACACUAAAGAGUUCGAUACGAACAUAAUGCUUCUUACGGUUCCAUUAAUAACAUCCAUCACAUCAAUUGUUGUCAAUUAUUGGCAGGAAUCUUUACUUGGCGAUAUAAAUGGAUUAAAGAAAUUUAAGUAUCAUGAGAAAUCCGUCUGA